CCACUUUGCUCAGCGUCAAAUAACGGCCAUCUUGAAGUCGUCAAGCUGCUUCUCAAAAAAGGAGCAGACGUAGCAGGGGCCAAUAAAGUUGGAUGUAAGCCACUCUACCCAGCGUCAAACAACGGCCAUCUAGAAGUCGUCAGGCUGCUUCUCGAGAACGGGGCAGACGUAGCAAGGGCUAAUAAAAAUGGAUGGACGCCACUCAGCUUAGCAUCCAACAACGGGCAUCUUGAAGUCGUCAAGCUGCUCCUUGAGAACAGAGCAGACGUAGCAGCGCCCGGUAAUAGUGGAUGGACGCCACUCAACUUAGCAUCAAACAACGGCCAUCUCGAAGUCGUCCAGUUGCUUCUCGAGAACAAGGCAGACGUAGCAGUGGCGAGUAAUAAUGGAUGGACGCCGCUCAACUCAGCAUCAGACAGCGGCCAUCUCGCAGUCGUAAAGCUGCUUCUCGAGAACGGAGCAGACGUAGCAGGGGCCAAUAAAAAUGGAUGGACGCCACUCAACUUAGCAUCAAACAACGGCCAUCUCGAAGUCGUCAACUGCUUCUCGAGAACGGAGCAGACGUAGCAGGGGGUAAUAAUAACGCGUGGACGCCACUCAACUCUGCUUCGUACAACGGCCAUCUCGAAAUCGUCAAGCUGCUUCUUGAGAAGGGAGCGGAAGUUACAGGGGCCAAUAAAGACGGAUGGACGCUACUACUCAGGUCAGCAUCAAACAACGGCCAUCUCGAGAUUUUCAAGUUGCUGCUCGAGAGCGUUUCCGAUGUCAACUCCCUUGAUGGUCACUACGGCUCCAUUCUGCACGUGUUUGCUUUCAAGGGAUACACUGAUCUACUACGGUUGGCUUACAAUAAAUACCACGCAAAUCGAUCUCUUACAGAAUAUCAUGGUAGAACUCCCCUUCAGCUUGCUUCGAGAGGCGGACACUUUGACACCUUCCAAUACCUUAUUAGCUUAGGCCUUGAUCCUAGCACUAGGGAUGAGAAAGGAGAAGGACUGCUACAUUAUGCUGCCUCAGGAGGUUCAUUACAGAUACUUAAUGCCGUGCUAAAAAAUGUUCUUGUUUCUUCGCUCCAGAGAGGAUAUUGGAGCCCCAUUCAUUGGGCUUGUAGGGCGGGAAACCCUAAUGUCAUAGAGCGGUUGAUUAAUGAAGGACUACGCAGUGAAUGCAUCAGUAUCUCUCAGCCAGAGGGACAGUGGAGUCCUAUCUCUAUCGCUAUCUUCCAUGGAAACGAGAAGAUGUUGGAAGAGUUGUCCACAUCCUGCAGAUCUCUGCUGGACGUAGGGCUGCAUUCUGUGCGACUCCGUGGUAUACGUCAUGGUAGUUAUUGGUGCAAUGGAUGUUUUCAUGACAUUUACGGGCCACGCUUCCACUGUCGCACAUGCCCAAACUUUGAUUACUGUUUCAUGUGCAAGCCCUUUUUGGAUCAUAUACAUAAAGACCAUGAAUGGGAUUACGUGGAGUCUCAUUUCAAGCCUUCUGCGUAGGGAAAAUACGGUCCAUAAAUAUGUUUCUAACUCGACGGUUGAGCUGCG